GGUUGUUCAGCUGCUGCUCCUGUUGCUGCUGCUGCUGCUGAUUCUCAGGUUACUGUGUUAAUAAGUCAGAGAAUCUGACGGUUGGAGCUUACUAUAAUAAUGUUCUUGUUGGCUGAAUCUAGAAGUCAUUUAAUUUUCAUCGAAAUUUGGAAAAAUUAUUUUAAAAUUUUGUGACGAGAAAAUUUUUUCAUAUGUCAUCAUGCUAAGCCCCAAGAUGCAAAGGACUGUACGUGUAAACGAUUCGCAGCUACUGAUGUUAUCUGAAAGAGCUCGUUAUGAUCAUUCAGUUGCCGGUUAUUUGCAUAAACGAACGUCUGACUCUACUAAAUGGCAAAUACGUUGGUUUGUUCUUUAUCAAAAUAUACUCUUUUACUAUGAAAAUGAAACUAGUACUCGACCUAGCGGUAUUAUUUUAUUGGAAGGUUGUUAUUGUGAGCGUAUUAUUGCAGCAAAAAGCAAGGAGACAGAAAAGCAGCACAGUUUUGCUAUAUCUUAUAGAAGAGAAAAUUUACGACAGUAUGAACUUAAAGCUGCAACUGAAACAUGUUGUAAAAUGUGGAUAGAAGCAAUUUGCGAAGCUAGUUUCAAUAAAUUAUUAUUGCAAAAAGAAGAAUUGGAACAGAAGCAUUUACAUUUGUUGCAAAUAGUGGAAACUGAAAAAACAGCCAAAUGGCAAUAUACACAACAAUGUGAGGAUUUAGCAUCGGAAAUAAAAAAGCUUCGAGCCGAGCUUUGUGCAAUUAAAAAAGAAUUGAGGCCCAGUUCUGUUUGUACAACUGCAGCAUCUGUUACUACAUACGGUAUGAGACGACAAUCAAUUCAAAGAAAUUUCACACAAUGUAUUUGUUCAACAAGCAAUAGCAGUAACAAUAAUACAACAUCUUCUUGUGCAACAACAACUACAACAACAACAACAACACAAUCAUUUUUACAAUCAUCUGGCAUUGAAUCGGAAUUACCGUGUGGUAAUAGUACCAAUAAUGGUAAUACUGGACAUUGUUUUAAAGAAAUUACCGAAGGCUCUAUUGAAAUGCAAAAAAUAAAAAAAGUACAAAGUUUUUUUCGUGGUUGGUUAUGUAGACGUCGUUGGAAACAAAUUGUUGAACAAUAUAUAAAAAGUCCACACGCUGAAAGUAUGAGAAAAAGAAAUAGUUUAGUGUUUCAAAUGGUAGAAGCUGAAGAGGAAUAUACAGAGCAAAUGGAAAUAUUAGUUAGUUGUUUUUUGAGGCCAUUUAAAAUGGCAGCGAGUUCAAAAAAGCCUCCAUGUAGCCAUGAGGAUGUGAAUAGUAUUUUUUUGAAUAGUGAAACAGUUUUAUUUUUGCAUCAAAUAUUUUUAAAAGGUCUUACAUCUCGUAUGGAGAGUUGGCCAACCCUUGUUUUGGGUGACUUGUUCGAUAUGCUACUUCCAAUGUUAUCAAUAUAUCAAGAAUAUGUUCGAAAUCAUCAUUAUAGUCUUCAAGUAUUAACAGAAUGUAAGCAAUCGUCAUCAUCGUUUGCUGCAUUAUUAAAUCGACUUGAAAAAAAGACGCCUUGUCAUGGAAGGUCUCUUGAAACUUUUCUGACUUAUCCUAUGCAUCAGAUUCCACGGUACAUAGUAACAUUACACGAAUUAUUAGCUCAUACACCGCACGAUCAUGUUGAACGUACAAGUUUACAAAAUGCUCGUCAGCAGCUAGAGCAACUUUCCAGACAGAUGCAUGAUGAGGUGAGCGAAACAGAAAAUUUACGAAAAAAUCUAGCUGUUGAGAGAAUGAUUGUUGAAGGAUGUGAUAUUUUAUUAGAUGUUAAUCAAGUAUUUGUUAGACAAGGUGCACUAGUGCAACUACAAGAAAAAUCUCGUGGUUCACGAAGAAAAUUUACUGCAACGUUUAGUGGAAAAAAUGUAAACGACAAAAAAACAAUGCGACAGUGCUUUUUAUUUUCAAAUCAUUUAAUACUUGCAACUAGACAAUCAGAUGAUGAUGGUCGUUUAAAUCUUGUUCCUCAAAUUGGAAAAAUUCCACUAUGCGAUGCAAUUUUAAUUGAAGAUCCAAGUGAUCAAAGUACAACGGAUGAUGAUGAAUUAUCAGUUUGUUCAGUGUCAAGCGGCAUAAGCGAGAGUAGUGGCAGUGGAAGUGGUUACUCUGGACAAGUGCAAAAUCUUGAUUUUAAAGUUGUUCUCGAUUUAAAAGGAUCUGGAGGUCAAGUGGAAGUACAUUUGGUUGCUCUAACUGUCCAGGAGAAAGCUGCUUGGAUCAGUGAUAUUAGCCAAUGUAUGGACAAUGUUCGUUUUAAUGAAUUUUUACACAGUUCAUUGUCAGACACAAGUUCAGUGACAAUGCCUCGAUCAAUUAGAAAUGAUCCAAAACUAUUUAAAGAUGACGUAGAUAUUAGAUUUAGUCGCACAUUAAAUUCAUGUAAAGUACCACAAAUUCGUUAUGCGACACCAGAUAGAAUACUACAAAGACUCACAGACCUCAGAUUUUUGAGUAUUGAUUUCCUUAAUACUUUUUUGCUAACAUAUAGGGUUUUUACUAAUGGAGUUACUGUAUUAGAGGCAUUGAAAAAAGUAUUUCAUGACGCUGAACCUCCUGAUGCACCUCAAGCAUCAAAUAAUAUUGGAGCAAGCAAUUUCAUAAUUAGUAAUCAGUUCCAGCAACAACUUUGUGAAGAUAAUUCGAGAAAAUGUUUAACACCAAGACGAACAAGUGGUGCUAGUUCUGUAUCUGGUUAUGGAUCCGAAAUGAGUGAAUGUGGCAAAACAGAAACGUUGAAAAAUCAAAUUAGUGGUAUGGAUCAUAACAGUGCGAUUGCUACUGGAACUUUUGGAAAUUCAACAGCAAACACUUCGAAAAGUUGUCAACACAGGUGUUCUGGAUUUCAUAAAGUAAAAGAAGAUGAAGAACAAGAAUAUCACAAUUUUCAACAGUCAAUUAAAAUCGACCAGUCGAAUGCUCCUAUUAUUGACAUCAAAUCUGAUUUAUCUUCCCAGCAAUUAAUGUCUGAUGAUAAGACUGAGAAAAAAGAAAAAAAUACUAUAAAUGAGAAUGAAAGUACUAGUUAUGAAUUAGUACAUUUAAAGAUUCCUAAGGUUAUAGCAGUAUCCUCUAGCGCUGAAACACUCACUGAUAAUACUAUUGUCAGUGCACCAUCAUCUCCAAGUAAUUUGAGUUCAGUUACAUUGGUUGGAUCAACAGGUUCUGGAUCAGGUUCCGAUCCAAGUCCACAACGUGGAGAUUUUGAAAAAUCAUAUUCACGUGAAAUUUCCGAAGAAACAGUUACAGAUAGUCCAUUAGUAAUAGCAGCACAGACAAAAGAUGAACGUAUCAUUUACGAAGAUGAACCUCAGGUUACAUCAACGCCAGCAGUGGCAUCAACUUCAGGUCCAUCAACAAGAAGCGGUUCUUUCUCAACUACUUUUAGCGGAAAUUAUUGGUCGGGAAGACGAUCUAUUCCGGAAAAUGAAAUUUACACUUCCUCCCAACAUUGCAAUAUUCAUAGUGAUACACAGCAACCGUCUAGUAAAGCAGGUGUUGUGAUAACAAGUUUUCGUCCUAGUCGUCGUAGAAACAGUAACUCAACAGCAGCUACUGCUUUUGCAAUAGCAACAUCAGCAUCAAGUAAUCCACCAGAUAAGGUUCAUGAACGUCAAAUUAUAAAUGAUGGUAAUAGUAAUCGAAUGAAUGCAGGUUCUUGUAAAGAAAAAUCAAGACGAAAGGAAUCUGUUAUGUCAACUGCAGCGACAAUGCGUGUUUUAAAUGUACUUAGACAUUGGGUGUCUAAGCAUGCUCAAGAUUUUGAAUUAGAUCAUAAAUUAAAACAAUUAACAAUUGAAUUCUUGGAAGAUAUAAUAUAUAGUUCCAAUUUACUUCCGGCUGAACAUAAAGCAUCCAGUCAACUUCUUCGAUUGUUAACUAAAGAGGAACACGAGGGCAGCAAAAUAGACUUAAAUCAAUUGCUUUCACCACCGAAGGUUCAAACAAAGGAGAACAUUGAAACCCUAUCAGCUUUGGAAAUAGCAGAACAAAUGACUUAUUUGGAUCAUCGGAUUUUCGUUUCGAUUGCUAGCGAAGAGUUUCUCAGUCAAGCAUGGAUGAAAACGGAUAAAGCCACUAGAGCACCACACAUAACAUUGAUGACUAAACGUUUCAAUCAGGUAUCUUUACUAGUUGUUUCUGAAAUUGUUAGAAGACAAUCUAUGUCUGCAAGAGUAGCAGCUAUUGAAAAAUGGACAGCAGUUGCCGAUAUAAGCAGAGUUCUUCGCAAUUAUAAUGGAGUUCUACAAAUAUGUGCUGCAUUCACCAAUAGUAGUGUUUACAGAUUGAAAAAAACUUGGGAAAAAGUAUCAAAAACGACAAAACAAACAAUCGAAAGACUUCAAAAUAUUGUAUCAUCUGACUGUAGAUUUCGUAAUUUACGUGAAGCUUUACAUCGUUGUGAUCCACCAUGUAUUCCCUAUCUUGGAAUUUAUCUUACCGAUUUGUCUUUUAUUGAAGAAGGAACUCCAAAUUUUACCGAGGAUGGAUUAUUGAAUUUUUCAAAAAUGAGAAUGGUAGCACAUGUUAUUCGUGAAAUUCGACACUUUCAACAAACCCCAUAUAAGAUUGAGCUAAUCACAAAAGUGACGAAUUAUCUUUUGGAUCCAUCUCUUUUAUUAGAUGAAGAUGAAAUGUAUAGUAUGUCAUUGACAAUUGAGCCCAGGACAUCAAGAUUAAGUAAUGCAGGAUUGUGUAAUCUUUAUACAUCACUGAUAACAUCUCCAGUAACUAAUACAAUCACUAGUACUACUUCUACGACAAUCAAAAGCAACCACAAUCAACAUUUAUCAUCAGUAUAAUUAUUCUUCUGGGUAAACAAAUUUAGUUUUUAUUAUCAUUUUUACUAUUAGUUAAGUCAUUAUUAUUUUUUAUGAACGUACAAAUUUUUAUUCAGUACACAUACUGAAGAUAAAUAUUGCGCCACAAAAAUUAUUAUUUUUGUUCAUUCUACAAAAUAGUGGUGGACAAAAUGAAAAUUUAUUUUACCUUAUGAAAAGGAUUAUUUCAAAAUUCCUCUGAUUCGUAGCCGGUGAAUUAGCGUUCUUGACUUGUGAUUCUUUAUGACUAAAAAAAUUCUGAUAGCACGAACCAAGAAAACAGAUUGCAGUGCGGUAUGUUGAAUCUGUUAUUUGGAUGUUAAUAGAUAGCAGUGCUAAAUUGAAUCUGUUCCCAAUAGAUAGUUGAAUACGUUCGAUUGAAAAUAGCGUUAAGAAGAAGUAACAAAAAACUUCACUUACCCUUUUUCACAAUGAUAAAGUACCUUUCAAAAUUUGUUUUGGUAACACAAAUUUUUGUACAACUUAACGGAGCGUAUGAUUUUCGAAUUGGGACGUUCUAUUAAGUUUGAAGAAUAUAUUUCCUGAAGUUUUUAGAAUGUUCUAUAAAUAAAACAUUUUCAAUUUGGAAAACUUUCAAUUUAUCUCUAAAACAGUGAAAAGGUAAAAUUUACAACUGUAAAGAACUUAAGGGGUUACACCACUGUAGAAGGUUAAAAUUUAACGUUCUUUUUGGCUAUUUUUUCGUGGGAGGAGAAAUAGGAAGUGUAGCGAACUUCGCGAGACUUUAAAUAAUUUUAAUUAAUUGAAAGUUUGGGUCCGGCUCGCGAUAGCCGACACAAUGCAAUUGAACGAGAUCUCCACGAUCUAUGAAUAGAAGUGAUCCAACCUGCGACGUAAUCAGAUGAGCAGUUGCGAAUCGAGACGAGGUAGAUGAAAUUAAAGAGGUGAUCAUACUUACCAUGUUUGCAGAUUGUUGGAUAGCUAGUAGAUAAAUAAAAUAAUUAGUUAGUCUUUCAUAGGAUGAGAUGCACAACACAAGAAAAACAAUUGAAUAACUAAAUUUUUAUAUUUAAUAAUAAAACAAUAUACAUCAAUUAAGAGGAUGCUACGUAACGGCCAUUCUUCGAAAAUGGUUUUUAUUGGAGGGGCUCCACUGCACGCAGCACACAGGUUGCAAAAGUUAAUCAGCUAUGGGAUUCCUUUUAGCAACGGCGCUAAGUAGCGCAUUGCAUUAAUUAGCACUAAAAAAUUAAUUUUUUUUUACAGACUUAUUGUAUAUGAUAAUCAAGAUCAACUCCCAUUUGAAUUUUGUUAAAAAAAUUAAUUAGUGGCGUGUAAGAUAAAAAACAAAGUCAAUCGGCGCUACGAGUUAGCGAAUUGGUCAAGCUUUUGUUACAAAUCGCUAGGGUGUAAUCGCUUCGGAGCGUAGCGCAAAGUCACUAGCUAUAACACAAAUUCAAAUUGCGGUAAAAAUUGUUUACAAUGUUUCCAAGGGUUAUAACAUGGUUAAAAUAAAGUGGUUAACCCCUUGCCUGUUGAAAAGGCGUUAUGAAAAUUUUCAUUUUUGAAUUGAGUUAUACUGCGUGCAGAUUUGAAAAAUCGUGUUUCGAGAAAAACGCGUUUAAAGUUUCUGACAUGUAUUUAAUGCAUGAAAAAAUAAUAAAUUUAGGUACUGAAAUUUUUUUGCCAUUAGUCUGCUAUUCCAGAACCAUAUAGUUGAGCUUCUAAUGAGAUCUUUUAAUGAAUUAGAAAAGUUCGAAGUUGAAUUCAAAGGUAUUAUGUGGACCCGACGAGCAGGUAACAACUUAUAAAUAGUCGGUUUGGAUUAGCUGGAACGGUUUGGGAAGGAAUGGGAAAUUUCAAGGGAAAACUUGUCCGAUCGAUAUAAAAACCUUCUGUCCCUUAUUCUAGAAGGUUCAAAGAAUUUUUUAAGCAA